GUUUUUUUCGAAGCCCUUUUUUCGUUGCGUUUUUCUCCCAUGUUUUGCUGCUGCUUAUCGUUAUUUCUCGAGUUCGGUGGCUUCUCUAUGCACAUGUAAGAAGAAACCGCACUUGGUUUCGAUUAAAGCAGGUCAAAUUGAAACAUUUGAGAGCGGGAGCAAUGGCGUCCAUCAACCUCUCUUCACAUACUGUUAUCUUCUCUUCACAAUGCCGUAAAUUCAACUGCUUCAAUGGAUUGCAUAGUAUGAAUACAUUCAAUGCAAAUGGAAUAACAUCAGAUUUAGCCUUCGCCAAUCUAAGUAGAAAACCAUGCUUAAGACUCAAGGGUGACUAUAAAGCCAGGGCAACAUUAGUAUCUGGAGAAGGUGGUCUCUUAUCUUAUCCCGAAGGCAAUGCAGAUGUAGGACAAAGUUCUCUUAUUGACAGAGAGAGAGAGAAAGGUGUUGAGAUGCAACCUGAUGCAGUAGCAUUUGGAACACUUGCAACAGAUGUUGCUUCCACUAGUGAUGAUGUUUUUGUUAAUAAGGAYGAACUGGACUUGGAUUAUCCUACAGAAGGCUUCUCUUCUAUUCCAGAGGCCAUUGAAGACAUCCGUCAGGGCAAGCUAGUCAUUGUUGUAGACGAUGAAGACAGAGAAAAUGAGGGAGAUCUGAUAAUGGCGGCAUCACUGGUAACAACUGCAACUAUGGCUUUUAUUGUAAAACAUGGAACUGGAAUCGUGUGUGUAAGCAUGAAAGGAGAAGACCUAGAGAGGCUAGAACUUCCUCUGAUGGUAGCAACAAAGGAGAAUGAUGAGAAACUUUGCACAGCAUUCACAGUUUCAGUGGAUGCAAAACAUGGUACAACCACUGGGGUAUCAGCUCAUGAUAGGGCAACAACUGUAUUGGCUCUAGCAUCAAAAGAUUCAAAGCCUGAGGAUUUCAACCGCCCAGGUCAUAUAUUUCCUUUGAAGUAUAGGGAGGGRGGUGUUCUGAAAAGAGCUGGACAUACAGAAGCUUCUGUUGAUCUCGCUGUGUUGGCAGGGUUAGAUCCUGUUGCAAUUCUAUGUGAGAUUGUGGAUGAUGAUGGUUCCAUGGCUCGGUUGCCCAAGCUCCGGCAAUUUGCACAGAGAGAAAACUUAAAAAUCAUAUCCAUUGCUGAUUUAAUUAGAUAUAGGAGGAAGAGAGACAAAUUGGUGGAGAGGGCUUCUGCUGCACCAUUACCCCUAGCAUGGGGAGCUUUCAGGGCCUACUGUUAUAAGUCAUUGCUGGAUGGAAUGGAGCAUAUUGCGAUGGUUAAGGGUGAAAUUGGGGAUGGGCACGAUAUUCUUGUAAGAGUACACUCUGAAUGCCUAACUGGAGACAUAUUUGGGUCAGCCAAAUGCGACUGUGGGAACCAACUGGCACUUGCAAUGAAGAUGAUUGAGACAGCUGGUAGGGGUGUAUUAGUUUACCUUCGUGGACACGAGGGGAGAGGCAUUGGUUUGGGCCACAAGCUCCGAGCAUACAACCUACAGGAUGAUGGACGUGACACUGUAGAAGCAAAUGAAGAACUGGGAUUGCCUGUUGAUUCACGAGAGUAUGGUAUUGGUGCACAGAUAUUGCGAGAUCUUGGUGUUCGUACCAUGAGGCUGAUGACAAACAACCCUUCAAAGUACAUUGGGCUCAAAGGCUAUGGUUUGGAAGUUGUGGGCAGGGUCCCGUUGUUGACUCCAAUAACAGAAGAGAACAGGAGGUAUUUGGAGACAAAACGUUUGAAAAUGGGUCAUAUUUACAAUCCUGAAUUCAAUGGCCAUCUAAAUGGACAUACAGGUGGAAAUGGAAAACCAGCAACUAGUGAGACAUCGAAUGCUGACACAUGAUGCUGCCUGCUGGAAGAUACGAUAUAGAGGUGCAUAUUAUGCUGCAUUCGUGCAUCUCAUUUUUGUAUGUGUGAAUUCGCAAUCCAUCAACAAUUCAUUUAAUUUCACAGAUUCAAGGGUUGUCCUCCGACCAAAUUCACUUGGCCUAGGGUGGAAAUUUCGAGAAGUUUUUGGCUUCAAUAAAUGCCAGUUAGUUUUGGAAUUGAAGUGUUAAGUCAGAUAUUAUCCAUGAUCCGUUUAUGACUUGGAAUGUUCUACUUUUCCCUCUUGAAUUCUAUACAGCUUUGUGGAGGACGCAACCUUCCGAUAAAAUCCAAAUUGUUUGAGGCA